AUGGGCAUAGAAGAGCAAGAAAUUUCAACGAUUGAAGAAGGUGUUGGCACAUCCACCACCGCCAAAUCCGAUGGUGACACUGCCUUUUGUUCAUCAGCUUCAGUAGUAACCAUCACACAAAAGUUGAUUGCAGAAGUGAUUGGUACGUAUUUUGUGGUAUUUGCUGGCUGUGGCGCAGUCGCAGUCAAUAAGAUCUAUGGUUCGGUCACAUUUCCGGGCAUAUGUGUAACGUGGGGUUUGAUAGUCACCGUCAUGAUUUAUUCUGUUGGUCAUAUUUCUGGAGCCCACUUUAAUCCGGCGGUCACCAUUACUUCCGCCAUCUUUCGUCGCUUCCCGUACAAGGAGGUUCCUCUGUACAUAGCGGCUCAGCUAAUGGGAUCAAUUCUUGCUAGUGGCACAUUAGCUCUAGUGCUUGAUGUAACCCCUGAUGCUUACUUUGGAACUGUUCCUGUUGGAUCUAACAGCCAAGCCUUGGUUCUGGAAAUGAUCAGCUCCUUCCUUUUGAUGUUUGUCAUCUCCGGCGUUACCACAGAUAGCAGAGCAAGAAGUGAACUAGCAGGGGUUGCUGUUGGUAUGACUAUAUUAUUAAACGUCUUCGUUGCUGGGCCGGUUUCGGGAGCUUCAAUGAAUCCGGCAAGGAGCAUAGGGCCUGCUGUUAUUAAGCAUGUGUACAAAGGAUUGUGGGUGUAUAUAGUAGGGCCAAUUAUUGGAACAAUUUCUGGAGCAUUUGCCUAUAAUCUCAUAAGAUCCACAGACAUGCCACUUAAAGACUUGCUCCGGAAUGGAUCAUUCCUCAGUGGUGCCACAGCUAAAUAAUU